AUGAAAGUAUAACUAAAUUCAUAACCACGAUUAAAUAAGAGAUUAUAGGUUAUGAUUUAAGCCAAGGAAGUAUAUCUUUCUAGUGACAUCCCAUGUCAGAUUCGAGGAUGUGCAUUUUGCAACCAAGAAUCCGACAUUCAAUUGGAGAAUCCCAUAUUCAUGCUGGAUAAUGAGAUCUUGGAAUAGUAUAUAGAUUUGAUCGAACAGUCCAACAUCAACAAUAUAGUGGUGCUACAAUCGUAAGUGGCCUAUUUCAGAAAAAGACAAUAACAAUCUUAGUAUGCACAAUAAAUGAUCAAUCUGAUUGAAUCCAAUUUCUCAAAGAAAAUUUAUGUUUAUCAGGAUGAGUUUUCAAUUCACACCUAAAAUGGUAAUCCCUUGAUCUUAUUGGCUCAAUGGUACAAUUCCCAUAGACAAUUUUUGAAAACCGAACUGGAUUUGUGCUUGCUGACCCAAAAUUAUCAAAUGCAUCAACAAUGCAAAAACCUGAACAUCAAGUGUUUCACAAUCCAGGAUUACGUCAAAUUAUACGAGAACAACGAUUUGCUUGAUUUUUUGGGAAUGGACGAAGAAUUCGAAUAGAACUAGGAGGCUAUCAACAAUCAAUUCCCCUAUAUUCCAGUGGAAGAGUGUGUACAGCAAAUAAAACAAGGAUUACUAUUUGAAGGGAGAAUCUCAAUAGAUAGAAACAAUAUUAAAUUGGCUAGGAUAUUUGUUAAGCAAUUUCAAUUGGAAAUAAAAAUAAAUCAAUAGAACAGAGUGUUACAUGGAGAUAGAGUGGCUGUUGAAUUAUUGUCUGAAGAUCAAUGGGAACAAUAGUAGAAACAAAAAGAGAUAAAAUUCGAUGAGGAUGAUGAUGAUGAUGGUAACAACAACACUCAUACCAAUGACACCAGUCAUGAGAUAAUGUCAACUAGCCAUUUGCAAAAUUUAUUCAGGAAAGUGCAGUCACAAAACCUGGUCCCUUAUGGAAAGGUUGUCAGUGUGUUGUAGAGAACGGAGAGACAUUUUUGUGGUCAUGUAGAGAACAAUAUAUUUGUGCCAGCUGAUGGUAGGUAUCCAAAUUUCAUUCUUAAACAUUCAAAAUAUGAUACAUUAUAGGAUAAGAAGAUCCAGGUUCAAUUUGUAGAUUGGCCAGUUUGGAGUGAUAAGCCAUUGUGUAAAUUGAAAAAGGUAUUGGGGAAGGCAGGAGAUAUGUACAUCGAAGGAAAUGUGAUCUUGUUAGAACAUCAAGUGGAAAUAAGGGAAUUCUCACAUUAAGUGUUGGCUUGUUUACCAAUCGAGGGAGAUAAAUAUAGAAUAUCAGAGUAGGAGAUCAAAAGGAGAAUGGAUCUGAGAGAUAUUUUGGUAUGUUCAAUAGAUCCAGUGGGAUGUAAGGACAUCGAUGAUACAUUGCAUUGUAGGAGAUUGGAGAACAAUUUAUAUGAAGUGGGUGUUCAUAUUGCAGAUGUGUCUCAUUUUGUGAAGCCAGACAGUGCAAUUGAUAAGGAGGCUGCUCACAGAUGCACCACAGUCUAUUUAGUAGAUAGAAGAACAGAUAUGUUGCCUAAAUUAUUGACAGAGAAUCUGUGUUCAUUGGUUAGCAAUGUCGAUAGAUUGGCAUUCUCAGUAAUCUGGAUUAUGGAUGACCAAGCAAAUAUCAAGGAUGUCAAAUUUGGCAAAAGUGUUAUUCGAUCUGUUGCCUCCUUGCAUUAUCAACAAGCUUAGGAAAUGAUCGAUAAUCCAAAUGACAACAGUCAAUUGACCCAAGGCAUAAGACUCUUGAAUAUGUUAGCCAAGAAGUUGAAAUAACUUAGAACAGAUUAAGGAGCCUUGUCCUUAGCCAGCAAUCAAGUUAAGUUUUCCUUCGAUGAUGAAACUCACAAUCCCAGUGAUGUCAGAAUGUAUCAAUUGUAUGACACCAAUUCACUUGUUGAAGAGUUCAUGCUUUUGGCCAAUUGUUCAGUUGCCAAUCAAAUCUUACAAAGAUUUCCCUCCAUUUCGGUUCUUCGUAGACAUCAAGAACCUAAGAUGAAACAAUUAAAGGAACUCCAAAUCUUGAUGAAUGACUUAGGAUAUCAAUUUUCAUUUGACACAUCUAAAUUGCUUAGUGAGUCCCUGGACUAAAUUCAAAGACCCAAUGAUUCAUUCUUUAACAAGCUCAUUCGUAUGAUUACUACGAGAUGCAUGAACGAAGCUCUAUAUGUCUGCACUGCUGAUGUAGAUUAUCCAGAACUCUAUCAUUAUGGUUUAGCCGCAGAACUCUAUACUCAUUUCACAUCUCCAAUCAGAAGAUAUGCUGAUGUGCUUGUCCAUAGAUUAUUGGCUGCCUCCAUUGAUUUAGAGUCACUUCCUCCAUCUAUGUCAAACAAAAUCAGAAUGACCAGAAUUUGCGAUAAACUGAAUAUGAGACAUAGAAUGGCCAGAUUUGCUAGCAGAGCCUCCUCAGAUUAUCACACUUACCUGUUCUUUAAAAAUAGACCUCAGCAAAUUGAUCAAGCAAUCAUCACCGGAAUCUUGACUGACAAAGUCACAGUCAUGAUCCCCAGGUAUGUAUUGGAAGGAACAAUCGAUGCUCAAAUUAUAGAUAGAAUGAAUAUCAUCAUCUAAGGGACACGUUACAGAAUUUUCGAUUACAUCCAAGUUGAGAUCUCCGUUGAAUUGCAUAGUUUCCAUAAAAAAAUCCACAUGAAGUAUAUUAAAAAUAAUAAUUGA